AUGGGUGCCACUCAAUCCACAAAUAAAGCUGCGAAAUUCAGUGGAGCACGUAGAAGCAUUCGUACCUGUCACAGUGCUCCGCCUACAGCACCCACUGUUCGCCGCCAACUCUCGCAACGAAACACAAACAGAAAUGUUAAGGAGUUUUCGAAAUUCUGGUCUGGCGGAGGUUCAUUUCGUCCCAAAGGCAAUAGUACCCGGCGUUGUGACUCGGUGAAAAGAAGUAGUAGCGUACGUCGACACAGAGCACAAUCUACAGAACAUUUACGAAGACCGUCAAGAACACCUACACCGUACAUAUCGCCUCGGUCACCGCAUACCUCGUACACGCCCGACAUGCUCGCACCUCAACCGAUUUCGCAGCGCGGCAGCUAUACGCCAUCAUCGCGGUCACGUUAUGAAAAUUACGUCGUAGAAGACGUCUUCUUUGAUCCUGAUCGUGCUCGAGUCUAUGAAAGUAGUCCAGAGCAUCUCCAUGCAGUGCAAUUCCCACAUGAAACCGCCAUUUAUUGA